CGCUGUUUUAUCAAUUAGGUACACUAUAAAUAUAUUCCCCACAGUCUUAAAUUUCUCACAACAAAGACAUUUACCAAAAUGCUUUCCUCUACCAUCACCAUGAACAUUUUCGCCACCAUCAUUCUGGCUGGAAUCCUCCUGCCGGAACUAACAGCUGCUCAAAACUGCGGCUGCGCCGCCGAUCUCUGUUGUAGCCGCUACGGUUACUGUGGCACAAGCGAUGACUACUGUGGGGCAGGCUGUCAAGCCGGUCCUUGUACGGCUCCUCCACCUCAAAACGGCGUUUCGGUAGAGAGUAUCGUGACGGAUUCAUUUUUUAACCAAAUUAUUGAUCAAGCUGAAGGGAGUUGUGCUGGAAAAGGAUUUUAUUCGAGAUCGAAAUUUCUGGAAGCUUUGGAGUCGUACUCUCAGUUUGGGAGGGUGGGCACGGAAGAUGAUUCGAAGCGCGAGAUUGCUGCUUUCUUUGCCCAUGCAACUCAUGAAACUGGACAUUUCUGCUAUAUAGAAGAAAUAGAUGGCCCUUCCAAGGACUAUUGUGAUGAAAACAGUACACAGUAUCCAUGUGCACCUAACAAGGGUUACUACGGCCGAGGUCCCAUUCAGCUCUCCUGGAACUUCAACUAUGGACCUGCUGGAAGUAGUAUCGGAUUUGAUGGCCUCAACAAUCCGGAAAUAGUGGCUGAAGAUCCAGUUGUGUCCUUCAAGACGGCCCUGUGGUACUGGAUGAACAAUGUGCACUCUGUCAUUACUUCUGGCCAGGGCUUCGGAGCAACUAUCCGUGCUAUCAAUGGUGCUCUUGAAUGUGAUGGCGGCAACCCUGAUACUGUCAGUGCUCGAGUUGGAUAUUAUACUGAUUAUUGUAGUCAGCUUGGUGUGGCUCCUGGGGAUAAUCUUAGAUGUUAGUUGUAAGCUUGUAGUAUGUGUUGUUUUUAAAACUGGGAAAUAAAGAAAUGAAUAAAUAUAGGAAUUUAAUACUGUGCAAAGACUGUAAGUGUAAUUUCAUGAUCAAUCACUUGCUUCUUUGAUACUUUAGUUUAA